AUGCUAUCCUCUACAGCCGUCACUGCCAAGGCCAACUCGACCACUGCCCAUACCCCUGAUCGUCUUCAUGGCUCACUUCAUUGGGACAUUGAACGUGCUGCAUCCGUUGCCCUUGUUCCUUUGAUUGCUUCCCAGCUUGCUUUCGGUGCCUCUCCAGUCACUGAUACCCUUCUCGGUGUUGUCCUCCCCCUCCACCUUCACAUUGGUUUCGGUGCUUGCAUUACUGAUUACUUCAACACUCGUAAAACACCCAUCCUUAAUAAGCUUAUGACUGCCACUCUUUACGCUUCUACUGCCGGUGUCCUUGUCGGAUGCUACCAGUUCAACACCAACGAUGUCGGUCUUACUGAGUUCAUCUCUCGUACCUGGACUGCCUAA